UGAUAAUUAUGAUUCGUUGUGGAGUACAAGAAGCAGGACCACAUUGAUCGAAUCUACCUAUUAUAAAGCGAGUAUCUUCUGUAAACUACACUUCCAACAUACAGCUUUCGCAGAGUUCCUACUCAAUGUCUUCUAAUCUACAGCUUUCGCAGAGUUUCUACGUCACGAGACCUUGCAGGCGAAGCACGUAGGAAGCCUCCAGGCUGCGCAGAGCUCCAACGAAGAAAAACUAUGAAAGACUACAAGAUUGUGUUAAAUCAUUAUCCUCUCGGUCUACUUGACGCCCAUUCAGCGAUAGUAGCGAAGAAUCAUUAUCCUCUCGGUCUACUGACGAUAUCACAUACUACUUCUACACCAUUCAGCGAUAGUAGUGAAGUCUUUUCUGUAUGCUCUUGCUCACUCAAGUAUAAAAAGGUCUAACAACCAUGGUGUAUGAUCGAUCUGAAUUUCUCUAUCUAAGUAAAAGCCGGCGACGUCGACAGCAGAUGCGUGCAACAGUCAGGUAUCGCGCGAAAGUGAAAGCCCUUGCAGAGUUAAUCAGCAAAAAACCUGGUCUCGACACUCUGAAAGCUGUUUUCGACGAAUGUGAGCAGUGCUUAAAGAAAAUCGCAAAGUCUCGCGACAUGUGGCCUCUAUCUACUGCUCGUUUGCCUGACGCAGAAGAUGAAUCCGUGGAUUCGACAAGAGUUGCUGAAAAAAAUGACGGAAAAGUGGAUGGCACAAAAGACGAGGACGAGGAAGAAACGGUUGUUAUGAUGAGAGUAACGCUGUUAUUGUUUCAACAACUUACACAGAUACAAUACACAGACUCAUCAUCUGGCAGGUCAGAUUGGAGACACAUGACAUGACAGACUCAUUGUCGACGUGGUACUACUUGCAGUUGAGAGAGAUCUACUGCCGCAAAGAGCAUAUUAGGACACUGGAAACAGAAUUCCUUCCUUCAUAACCCUGGUGGCAAAAAAGAGUACCAUGACUCCACGCAUUACACUAUGGUCCACGGUGAAUCGGUACCAACGCAGUGUGCCAAGAGAACAGGUGGAAAAUCCGAAUGGCGCUGACACUCUUGGUCUUUCGAAGGUGUGUGGGGAAGAGAAAUUUAUGGGCAGUUCUGGUGCCAUCAUAUAAAUGACAUAAGAAGUUGGAGAGGUAGUAGCAUAUGAUUGAAGUGGAAAUGAAACUUGAAGUGGGGAACAAAUGAGAAGAUGUAACCCUAAAAAACCAAGCUUUUGAUAGUAGAAGUCAAGAGCGCGGGCACCUCUAAUAACCAUGCUUGCGAACAACAGCGUGCUCUUACCAGGGAAGAACGGACAGCAGGAGUUGCCAGUGCGGUCCUGGAGGCGGCGAUGAGUGACGAAAUCAGCUUGCCAGAAGAUUGGAUCCGACUGCAAAAACUGAAGCAGCUAGUUUUUCAUAGUUAUGACUUGCUCGGAGAUGUUCAUGGCUCUACUCGGGCCUGAUUCGUCCCGGCAACGUGGCUUGGCCACAAGUUCGGGGACCCUUGAACCUUGAGAUGUUUUUCGUGAUAAACGCGAAAACACGUUUUCCACUCCCGCCUGUAGUGUUCUCCUUGAAGAGAAAGAGAACCUAGUACAGCGCUUGAUCAGAAAGAGAACCUAGUACAGCGCUUGAACAGAAAGAGAACCUAGUACAGCGCACUUACUUUAGCCGAUUUCUUGUCCUCUAAUUCCCAUCCACCAGCACGAAGAAGAAAAAGCCUGGUGGCAAAGAGAAUGAGAGGAAGGCUGGAUGGUGGCUGGUGGAUGACCCAACGAAAGUAUUCGGUGUGGAAAUGAACUUUGGCGUAGAAAGUACUCCCGCUGUGGGAGUGAUGCGGACUGCUAAUAAGCAGCCACAUCUCGACUUGAACGUACUGUUACCGCUCGAACCAAACGACGUCAAAGAGCCAAUGAUGAAAAGUUAAGAGAGGAAUGCAACAAGACUCUUCGAUCUUCUAGGUCCUGACUGAGUGGCCCCAUAGGUAGACGUCUAAGCAUGCGGCGGAAAGGGUGAAGAUUUAGUUGUGGACCAAGAGUAUGGAGUGACGCUCUUUCCGGGAUAGGUGCCAAGAGAGGCGUUGAGGAGAUGCCGUGGAAUCUAAAGGAACCGUGGAAUCCAAAGACAGGUGUGCUUUAAUCCAAAGAUAGCUAUGCUUUAAAAUAGUUGGUUCAACAAGAGAAGGUCUGAAAUAGUUGUUCGACGAGAUAUUGAAGUUUGACCUAGUUUAACAAGAGAAAGUUUGAAAUAUAAGAUGGUCGAAAAACACGAAGCAAAAACUGUUGUUUCUGCUAGGAAAGGUUGUCGUCACUGUUGCAUGUGUAACUCUAUACGUACUCGUCGUCUGUGAAAAAGUGAUGUAGAUAGUAGUACUAUCAAGUAGUCAACACGCGGCGUUAUAGAAAGGAAGACGUGCCAUGCUGGCAACAUCAUGGUGCAAGUUUAAGACUCUGCGCUAGACAUGUCAAGACGAUUCUAUUUUGCAACUACAUGCUUCAGCUCCGAC